UGUGCGUAAAUCUUUGACAUCAGCUGUGGGUUUGGCUUCUAUAAUAAAACCCAGGGCCCCUACACAAGAGUCGGGGUUCCGCGGGGACCUCAUGCGCUAGCUCCAGCACACCGGACCUCAGCGAGGCUGCAUGGUUUUCAACGGCGCUUUCUCUACAAACAGACACGCAACCAGGAAUAAUGCUGGGAAACAAAAAGAAAGCAUCAGCCCUUAAAGACGGCACCGGGACGUCCCAGAAGGCCAUUGAUCCUCUACGAAACCUGGGAGUCCAGGAUGAUGAAGAUGUGAAGCACAUGCUCCAGGGGUCUAGUCUGAUCAAGGUGCGGUCGCCUCACUGGCAGAAGCACAGGAGUCUUCGGCUGCUUGAGGAUGGGGUCACGGUUUGGUGCCAGUCCCAUAAAACGUCCAGUCGAGCCAAAGAGCAGCAGUCCUUCUCUGUCUUGGAGGUAGAGUGUGUCCGUGAAGGCUGUCAGUCUGAAGUCCUGCGUCGCAUGGUUGACUCUGUCCCUGAAAACCACUGCCUUACCGUGGUUUUCAAAGGGCCACGUAAAAGUCUGGACCUGCUGUGUGCCAGUCAAGAGGAGGCCCAGCGCUGGGCUCGGGGCAUCCGCACUCUGCAAGAACGAGUGGAGAACAUGACACAGAAGGAGAAACUCGACCACUGGAUCCAUGCUUACUUGAACCGAGCUGACCAGAACCAUGAUGAUAAGAUGAGCUAUGAUGAAGUGCAAAACCUACUGCAGAUGAUCAACAUUGACCUCAAUGAACAGUAUGCACGUAGCCUCUUUCAGAAGUGUGAUCGCUCGGCUGACGGGCGCCUGGACCAUGGGGAGAUCGAAAUCUUCUGCAGGGAGCUGCUCAGGAGACCGGAGCUGGACGCGGUUUUCAUUCAGUACUCUGCAAAUGGCUGUGUGCUCUCCACUGUGGACCUGCGAGAGUUCCUCAAGGACCAAGAGGAGGACGCCUCUGUGACUCACGCUCAGAGCCUCAUCCUCACCUACGAGCUCAACCCCUGGGCUCAGAAGAACCACUUCAUGACCCCUAAUGGCUUCACCAUGUACAUGCUGUCCAAAGAGAACUGUGUGUUUGACCCAGCCCACGCUCGGGUCUACCAGGACAUGAACCACCCUCUGUCCCACUACUUUAUCUCCUCCUCACACAACACCUACCUCACCAAGGACCAGCUGACCGGAGACAGCAGUACUGAGCCUUAUAUUCGAGCUUUGAACCAAGGCUGUCGUUGUGUGGAGCUGGACUGUUGGGAUGGAGAGAAGGGAGAGCCUGUCAUUUACCAUGGACACACACUGACCUCCAAAGUGCCCUUUGAUGAAGUUAUUGAAACUAUCAAUGAGUAUGCCUUCAAAGCCUCGCCUUACCCUGUGAUUCUGUCACUGGAGAACCACUGCAGUGUGGAGCAGCAGACUGUGAUGGCCCGACAACUGCGCACCAUCCUGGGAGACAAACUGCUCACCAAGCCCCUAAAGGGCUGGGACACCCGCUACCUGCCCGCCCCUGAGGAUCUUAAAGGGAAAGUCUUGAUUAAAGGGAAAAGGGAGAGUUCAGGAGAGGACCACUACAGUGCCUCAGACUUCAGCUCCUCAGAUGAAGAGAGUCAGAAGGAUGCCAGGUCUAAAACACAGAGAGUGGAGCGGAAGCCAGCAGCCUCCAAACUGAGCCCAGAGCUGUCGGAGCUGGUGCUGUACACCCGGAGUGUUCCCUUUAAAGGCUUUGAUCAGGCCGCCAGAGACCCCGAGAGCCAUGUGUCCUCUUUCUCCGAGAGCGAGGCCUUAAGACUCAUCAAAGAAACAGGGAUGCACUUUGUUCGUCACAACAGUCACCAGCUCAGCAGAAUUUACCCUUCAGGCCAGCGCCUCCAGUCGUCCAACUACAACCCCCAGGACAUGUGGAACGGAGGCUGUCACAUGGUGGCUCUAAACUUCCAGACUCCUGGUGAGCAGAUGGACUUGAACCGGGGCAGGUUUCUCCAGAACGGUCAGUGUGGAUACAUCCUGAAGCCCCCCUUCAUGUGCCAGCCAGACACGACCUUUAACCCUGAGAAUGUGGGGGGUGGUCCGGGCCAUAAACCAUUCCUGCUCACUGUCCGGAUUAUUUCAGCUCAACAACUGCCUAAACCUGAAUGGGAUAAACCAACAUCUAUAGUGGAUCCGCAGGUGUGGGUUGAAAUACACGGCCUUCCAAUCGACAACAAUAAGAAAAAGACUACUUAUGUUGAGAAUAAUGGUUUUAAUCCUCGCUGGGACUGUACCUUUAACUUCACGGUUCACGCUCCAGACUUGGCCUUGGUUCGCUUCAUGGUGGAGGACCACGAUUACACUUCAGCCAAUGACUUCUUAGGACAAUUCACUCUGCCCUUCAUGAGUCUACGUACAGGUUACCGCCAUGUACGCCUGCUGAAGUCGGAUGGGUCCAGUCUGUCCCCUGCCUCUCUCUUCAUUCACGCUAAAAUCUCCCCGUGCAACAUCAGCAGCACAAGAAGCCCCUGCAGAUCCCCCAUCAGGUCUCCAUCCAAGAGCUCUGCGGCUAAGUCCUAAAGAGCAAAAGGACUUAGCAAAGGACAUAACAGGCUCUGUGAUGGAUGUGAUACACUGUGAGUACCAGUCCUGAACACAGGCCUGGCCAGCCAAAAAUCUACACUUCUCCAUAACUUGGAAUAUGUGUAGUAUGGGCACAGAUUUUAUCUCUCCUCUUACGGUUCACCGGUGGAUU